AAAGCGAUAUGGAAAUAUAUCCACUUUGACCAUUGGACAUCACCUUCUAAUAUUGCUGUCUGGGUUGAAAACUGUGAAAGAAGGAAUGACCAGCUUCCCAGAAGAAUUUUCUGACCGACCAGAUGAUCCUUUAUUGGCUGCUUUAGGGAAAGAGAGGGGAAUUCUUCUUUCAAUGGCCACACCUGGAAAUAGCAGAGACACAUUGCCAUCACUUCUCUGCGGAAAUUGGGCCUGGGGAAGAAAAGUGUUGAGCAUCAAAUAGAAGAUGCAGCUCAGACGUUGGUGGAGAUCUUUAGACAAACAAAAGCCAUUUGACCCUUCAUUUCCUGUACUAAAUGCAGUUUCUAAUAUCACAUGUGCUUUGAGUUUUGGACAUCCAUUUGCUCCUGAAGAUGAAAACUUCCAGAAAUUAAUUCAAGCCCUUGAUUUUGUUUUUAAUUUCACUGGUAACAUUUUCCACUUGAUUUAUCAUCAAUUCCCACAAUUAAUGAACUACCUCCCAGGCCCUCAUCAGAAAGCCCUGGCUUCUAGGGAGCUUAUCCUUUCCUUUGCAAAGCAGGAAAUAGAGAAACACAAGGAAUUUCAUGCUCUGCAUGAGCCACAGGACUUCAUUGAUUACUAUCUUCUUCAGAUGGAGAAGAGCAUGAAUGACCCCGAUUCAACCUACAGUGAAGAGAACCUGGUUCAGUGCAUUUUGGAUUUUUUUUUUGCUGGGAUAGACUCGAUCUUGGCUACUCUGACGUGGGUACUGCUCUUCUUGACCAAUCAUCCUCACAUCCAAGAGAAAGUCAAGAAGGAGAUUGAAGAUGUGUUUGGCUUCUCAGGGUCAAUUUCCUAUCAGGAUCGGAAGAAGCUGCCUUACACCAAUGCUGUGAUUCAUGAAAUGCAGCGUGUAAAAUAUGUCUUGCUUUUUGGGGUUCCCAGGCAAAGCACAAAGGAUGUGAAGAUGAAGGGUUACCUUAUUCCAAAGGGGAGCAUUAUUAUCCCAGACCUGCGCUCUGUUCUUCUUGACCCUGAACAAUGGGAGACACCUGAAGAAUUUAACCCAAAUCACUUUUUAGAUAAGGAUGGGAAGUUCAUUGAAUGGGAAGAGUUCCUGCCAUUUGGAAUAGGUCAACGUGCAUGUUUGGGACAGCAGCUGGCAAGAACUGAGAUCUUCAUCUUUCUGAUCAGCCUGUUGAGGGCCUUCAGUUUCCAGUUGCCUGAAGGAGUGAAAGAACUCAAUGAAGCUCCUGUUGUAAAAGUGACAUUGCAUCCACACCCUUACAAAUUUUGUGCUAUUCCCACAAAGUUUUAAACAUAAACAAUAUAAAAAGCAUAAAAGUAAUUAUGGAGUAGCUAUUCACUAUAAUAAACGUUUCCUAUAUACCUAUUCACUUAA